GAUAAUUUAUAGGAAAUAAAAAUACAAUUUUUAAUAUAUUUAUAUGGUAUUACGACUGAAAACAGAUCCAAAUAUGUAUGUGUGUAUACUAUGUAUGCAUAUUAAAUCCAAUACGAUUUUUGAAGGUUUUUUAUCAACUCGCUAGGUGGAACCGACAAGAGAAAUGGCAAGGGAACCGGAUGAAGAGUUAAGGAAAGCGUUCUCGCAAUUGCAUGAGAAAAUGAUUGAUACCACGCAAAAAUUGAAAUUAGCAGAUUUGCAAAUUGACAAAUUGAAACGAUCUAAACAAUUUGCCGAGCUGACAAUGAAAGAGAUAACCUCUUAUCCUGAGAACACAAAGACGUACGAAUCAGUCGGCAGGAUGUUCCUUUUGGAUGACAUAGAUAGCAUAAAGGCCGGUCUCAAGAAACGAAUGAAAAAUGCUGAUGAAAAAGUGAAGACUUUAGAAAAUAAUAAAACGUAUUUACAACAGAACUUAAAAGAAUGUGAAAACAACAUUAGGGAAAUGAUCCAACAAAGACAGAAUAAAGACACGUCUGGUUAAAAAUAUGCUUUGUAUCUUUUUACCAAAAUUAUUGUCGUAUUAUUUGCGUUAGAAAAGCUUCAUAUGUUAGUUUUUUAUUACUAUUGUUCACUAUAUCAUUGCAUUUUUGAACUUAUGCAUAAAAUUAUGUUUCAUUUUCAACGUAUAUAAAUUAUGAACAAAACAAUUAUACAAUUUGAAAUAUGUAAUUAUGAUUAAUUGUUCUGUUAUAUUUAUGAACUUUACAGCGUUUUGUAACCUUUAUUUAUUGUCUAUAUGCUAAUUAAUAAAACUUUUUAUUAUAACAUUUAA